AUGAUUAAUUGGCAAUCUCUUUUUUAUAACUUGUGCAAUCAAAAAAGCACUGUCAUUCAAUUUCCAUAUAUAUUACAAAACAUUUACCCAACUGAAUAUGAGUUUCAAGAUAAAGAGUUACGAGCAUGGCGAGCGAUGUUUUUUGCUUGUGAGUGUAUUAAUAUAACACUUGUUUCAAAAAAAGAAUUAUUCAUAGAAUUUUGGAGCAAAGUAUCAAAUCCUACUGCAGACAGGGAGUUGUUAAAAAGUUUUUAUGAAAAUAAUCUUAUGCAAUUAAAUAAAAAAAUUUCAGCACCAGUACCAGAACCACAACCAAAUCUGCAAGAUAUAACAUUCUGGGAUAUCUUUAGAGAAACCUUGCUUUUAAACAAAAGAGGGUCAGAUGAUAAAGAUAAUGUUAAAAUGAGUUCAUACCAUGUGGAUCCAAAAACAGAAUUGCCAAUUCUAUAUUUAAGUGAUAAUAAAAGUGAAUUAUGGAAGAAGUUUAGUGAAACUUAUCCAAAUAGUAUGAAAAGAAAUAAUUUUAUAGCACGACUGAGUAAUUCUACAAAUCUUAAAUACCGUGAGAACCUUGGUG